AUGAAGUUUGCAGUCUCUAUAGUUGCUUUGAUAGCAGUCAUGAAUAUAGGACAAAUGGUUGUAGCUAACAAGAAAGAUAAUACUUGUUCUGAAAACCUACUGGACCUGUUAUGUAAAUCCCGAAACCAAAAGACUGAAAUAGGAGUGCUCACAAGGAAGACACGGCCUGCAUUUACCGCAUCAAGAACUCAUACAAAACCUAUUGCAGCAAAUCAAGUUAUAACAUUUGAGACAGUGUGGCUAAACACGGGUCAUAUUUAUAAUCCAUCAACUGGCGUGUUCACAGUACCAAUGGAUGGUCUAUAUUUGGUGUCAAGUUCUUUGAUGUCUACGUAUGCAAAACAUCUACACUGUCACAUGUGGAAGAACGAUCAACCCAAUGUCGGAGCAUUUGGUACAGGUUGGUCUCAAGGUACUUUGAAUGCUUUAAUGGACUUGAAGAAAGGUGACACACUGUCAAUACGCCAUGACAAUAGAAAAGAUGAGGUAGUUUAUGGUGGACAUUGGUCAAUGUUCUCGGCGUACCUGAUAUCUGAAUGA